AUGGAGAACCGAUAUCUUGGCGCUCUACGAGACGCAUGCUGGAGGAGACAGAGCGGCUACGAUAUGUCGGGGGUUCAAAUUCGAGAACUCAUUCAGAGUGGAUGCAAGCGGACAGAGUGGGGGGUUAUGGCUUUUAUGGCGGACGGAUGUGGGAGUGUUGUAUACGCGGCACCGUCGGUUAGUCGCAUAAGUGGAAUCUGGAGCCAGUUGGACGAUGUACUACAGAACCUGGAUGGCCCUAUUAUAGUCGGAGGAGACUUUAACACCAUAGUACGGUUUGAGGAGAGAACUGGAGGGAAUGGGCAGCUGUCUCCAGACUCGUUAGCUUUUGGUGAUUGGGCGAAUAGUAAUGCACUUAUUGAUAUGGGAUACAUGGGUCCGCAAUAUACUUGGAAGAGGGGAAGAACGGAGAGGUUCUUUAUAGCGAAACGACUGGACAGGGUGUUCUGUAACGCACACGCACGGCUGCGGUGGCAGGAAGCAGUGGUGAAACACUUGCCCUUCCUGUCGUCUGACCACACCCCGUUAUACGUCCAACUUGAACCGGGAGUCAGGGGAGACCCAAAGCGACGUCCGUUCAGGUUUGAAGCUGCCUGGCUGAAGCAUCCUGGCUUUGGGGACUUAGUGAAGAGUAAGUGGGAUGGAGAAGUGGACACACCGCGAGCUCUGGAGAAGAGAGCGGUACUCAGAAGGUGGAAUCGAGAUGUGUUCGGGGAUAUACAGAAACGGAAAGAGAGACUGUCCUUGGAGAUCGAAGCGGUCCAGAACCUAUUAGAUAUCACACAGACAGAUACUCUACUGGAAAGGGAAGAAGGGUUGUUGAAAGACUUAGACGUACUACUGGAACAAGAAGAAACGCUGUGGUACCAGAAGUCCAGAGAGAAAUGGAUUGCUUUGGGGGAUAGAAACACAAAAUAUUACCACACGUCCACGAUUAUCAGAUGA